AGCUCCCGGCGGGCGAUAAAAGCAGGGGCGAGCAAUGGGGCCGCACUGCCAGCUCCUGCAGCGCCUCCGCCGCCAGCAACGGCCAUGGACCCGCACCUCCGCCUACUCCUCCUCUUCUUCCUUCUCCUGCCCGCUGCUCCCUGCCGGGGGGCGCCGCUGGCCGGGGAGCUGCGCUGCCGCUGCCCGCGGACCGUGACCGGCAUGAUCCCGCCGCGGCGCCUGGCCCGCCUGGAGCUCAUCGCCGAGGGGCCGCACUGCGCUGUGCCCGAGGUCAUAGCAACGACGAAGCAGGGACAGACGGUGUGCCUGAGCCCCGCCGCCACAUGGGUCAAGCGCAUCCUCGCCGGGAUCGUCGCCCAGCAGCUCAACACAGGAAAACUGACCAGGGAAGGAAAGUGGCUGGAGGGGAGAUGACCUAGAGCUCGAGGGGCCUCCUGCUCUGCGUUGGAGCCGAGCCUAUUUACUGAGGCCUUUGUUUAAUGUGAUGAUGUCUGAUUAUUGAAGUAUGGCAAGUACUAUGAAAGAUGCAUCUUUAAUUUGGACCCUGUCUGAAAAGCACAAUUCUAAGUGUUGUACUAAUUCACUGCCUUUAAAACUUUGCUUUUGGGGUGUUCUGCAGGAGAAAAGAUACAGGGAAUAUCCUGAAUUCUUUCACAAGAAAAAACAUCUGCCUGGGCUGCAGCAUUAGCAACCCACGGAUGAGCCUUCAGCAUCAGCAUGAAGUCUAUUUCCGUGCUACACGUCUUUGUAAAGACUUGAGUAACUCGCAUAGAAACAUUCUACAUGUCUGCUCAGAGUAGAGAAGGGAGCUGGUGCCUCCCAAAACAUGACUUUGCACAUGAUAUACCUGUGUGCGUGGAAAAAGCUUUCCCAAGGGCUCUGCUGAGUCAACACGAGUCUACCCACCGCCACCUUCUGGUUGCUCUCUCCAGCCAGAGCUCCUGGUCCACUACCAGCGCCUGCCUUCUAAGGGAGCUGGGUUUGCUCCUUGCAGCCUUAGACAUGUGGUGUCUCUUCAUGUAUGGCACAGUGCCGUAACUUAUAUAAAUUAUAUUUGAGUGAACAUGCACAAGAGCAUGUUCACUCAAAUUAUUUAUUUAUUCCACUCCAAAAUCCUUUUGGAAUUGUGUACAUGCAGUUUCCUCUGCUCUGCAUAUUUCUGUCCAGCAGAAAAUGGAAAGAAUAGGGACCUAAAGCACUUUUAAAUAGUAGAAUCAUAGAAUCACAGAAUCAUUUACGUUGGAAAAGACAACCUUUAAGAUCAUUGAGUCCAACUGUAAACCUAACACUGCCAAAUUCACCACCAAACCAUGUCCCUAAGUGCCAUCUUAGUGCACUUCGAAUAGGGAAACUGUACUUCGAAUAGGGUAAGAAUUAAAUGUAGUAAUGUAAAUGUCAUUGUGGUGAGACCAGAUGAUUUCUGUUCAUUUUCCAAACUGUUCAAGAAACCUUCAUAGUUAUAUAUUGUGUAGAGAUAUGAUCCUGCAUCUGGAAUAACUACUAAGUUCCUGUAAAUGAAAGAGAAGGGUUUUCCUAGCAAUGAAAACAUUUUCCUAAUGUUUUUAUUGCUAUAUAUGUUUCCUAAUCAAGAAAUUUUCCCUUGUUACUUAAAGAGUUUUGCUUUUUAAAGAAUAAACAUUUG